AUGUCUUCGACUUCAAACAUGUGGAAUUACUUUGUGAAAGUUGAUAAGCCUCAUAAGGGUGGUUGUUGUAAAUUAUGUAAUGUUGUCGUAAGAACUGGUGGCAAUACAACCAACUUAAAGCAGCACCUAAAGCGCAAGCACCCCUCAUUAAAUGCCUCAAAAAAUGCUAAAUGUUCUAAAUCAAACGCCAUUGUUUACACUUCAGUUGAAGACGAUGAAGCCGAUUCUCUAUUUGUUCAGUCCACGUCUGGUGCUCAAACCACCUUGGAUACAGUGGUUUCUCAGUCUCGACCAGAAUCUUCAUGUUCCCUACAUUCUGAUUAUGACUCGUUGAUAUCAAAAACGAGCGAAACAUUGUCUGUGGUAUCAAAUCUAACUACUGCAAGCAGAUCGUCAACGAGCACGAAAUUAAUACAACCAACAAUCUAUCAAUCAAUUAGUGAAUUCAGAUCAUAUGAAAGUGGAGGCACAAAAAAUGUAACCAUAACAAAUGCAUUGGUUUAUAUGUUGGUGAAAGACAACAUGCCGCUUUCUACAACUGAAAAAGAUGGUUUCAACUACUUCGUAAAAAGAGCUCUGCCAUUGUAUAAAGCACCAUCAAGAAAGACCAUAACAAAACUUAUUAGUUCCAAGUACGAUGUAUUAUCGGGUAAAAUAAAAAAUAAAUUAUCUUCGGUGGAAAGUAUCACACUUACUACAGACAUAUGGACAGAUACUAUCAAUACCAAAAGUUAUCUUGGUAUUACAGUUCAUUUUCUAAGUGUCUGCAAAUUAAAUUUAGAAAGUGUGGUACUUGGAGUGUUAGAACUUGAUGAGCGUCAUACAUCUGAAAAUAUUGCCAAGUGGCUGGACAGUGCUCUUCAGGAAUGGGGUAUUGAAAAACGUCAAAUUUUUUUGGUCGUAACUGACAAUGGUGCUAAUAUUAAAAGCGCUGUGAGCACGUGUUUUGGUAAGGAUAAACAUUUGCCAUGCUUCGCACAUACGAUAAAUCUUGUAGUACAAAACGCAUUGGAUAACACUGACAAUGUUGCUACUUUAAUAAAUAAGGUAAAACAUUUAGUUACAUUUUUCAAGCAAUGUGUAUCUGCAUCUGACGAGCUGCAUAAAGUCUGUGCAUUUAAAUUAAAGCAAUCAGUUUCAACAAGGUGGAAUUCUGUGUAUUAUAUGUUAGACAGGUUUAUUAAUUGUUCUGACCAUGUAGCAUCUAUUAUCGUGAAGUUCCAUAAAGGUCCUACCAUGAUAACUGGUUCUGAGCUGUUUAUUGCUAAAGAAAUCGUGCAUCUACUAAAACCUUUCGAAUCUGCUACUAAAGAAUUAUGUGCCCAAAAAUAUAUAACAGGUAGUAAAAUUAUCCCAUUGAUGCAUUGCUUGAUAAAAAAAAUUGAAUCAGUAGAAGUGAAUGGUGUUGUUGCUUCGGCUUUAAAAUCUAAUUUAAGUAACAAUUUACAAACCAGAUUUGGUAGAGUAGAGUAUGUGGAAAUUCUUUCCAUAGCCACAAUUCUUGAUCCCCAACUUAGAACAGACUCCAGUGAAACCAGUUCACAUAAUGAAAGUUCUUCUGAAGAUGACCCUGAUAGCUUAUGGGCAGUACAUAGACAGUUAGUGUCAAAAAAAGCCUUAACUGAACCGAGCAUAAAUGUCAACGAAAUGCCUACAGAUCUUAAGCAUUACUUAAACCAACCGACAGUGCCAUUAACUGAUAAUGUUUUAAGUUUUUGGGAUAUUCAUGGACCCAUUUAUCCUCAUUUAAAAAAAAUUGUAGAUCCUUAUUUAUUAAUGGUAGCUACUUCUGUACCUUCGGAGCGUCUUUUUUCUAAAGCAGGUCAAGUUAUGACUGAUAGUCGUAACAGGUUAACAGGUGGUAACCUUAAUAAACUCCUUUUUCUUGGAUCACUGUCAGUAAAUGAUUGGCAAUUAGAAUAA